CAUUCAUAGUUCCGGAAUCAUUACCCUCUUUCGUGAGAAAUUAGAAUCAUUUUCAAACUUCCGUUGCCGACCGGUGCAAAGUUUCAACUAAAAAAAGCCAAAGAAACCAAAGUUUUACUACAGCAACCGAUCUUAGAUUGUAACAUUAUGUUACAAAGCAAAAUUUUAGUUGGGAGAAACUACUUGCAGUCAUCAUGCCUUAAACAGAGAAAGAAAUUGUGUAAAGAUAUAGUUAACAGGAUUCCACAGGCAAAUCACUACAGUACCUUGUCAGAUCCUGACUUUCUUCAUGAAAGUAUUGUGCCAACAGAACAUUUCCAGAAAAGUUUGCCUCGUCUCCCAAUUCCACCAUUAGAGAAAACAUGUGAAAGAUAUCUUGCAGCACAAGAGGUUAUACUUACUCCUGAGGAGCUUAAGAACACAGCAGUUAUAACAAAUUACUUCAAAAACCAUGAUGGGCAAGAACUGAAUAACAUUUUGAUUGCUGAAGAUAAGAAAAACAAACAUACCAGCUAUGUGACAGAGGCUUGGUUUGAUAUGUAUCUGAAAGCCAGAGAAUCAGUAGUGCUGAACUAUAAUCCAUUUAUAGUGUUCCAUAAUGAUCCUAAACCAGAAUAUCAGAAUCAGUUGCUUAGAGCCACAAACAUGUUAGUGUCAUCCAUGAAAUAUCUGAAGACAUAUAGAUCAAAGGUUUUAGAACCAGAAGUUUUCCAUCUGAAUCCUGGUAAAAGUGAUAAUUUGAAAUUUAGAAAUUUUGUAAGAAGGUUACCUGAGUCAAUUUCCUGGUAUGGUGCUUACUGGUACAAAGCAUUUCCAUUAGAUAUGAGUCAAUAUUCUAGACUAUUCAACUCUACAAGAAUACCAAAACAUGGUAAAGAUGAACUAUUUACAGAUGAAUCAGCUAAGCAUGUUCUUGUGAUGAGGAACGGAAAUUAUUAUAUCUUUGAUGUUUUUGAUAGAGAUGGAAUGGUUUUAGCACCUGAUGUUAUAAUGGCCCAUCUAAAUUAUAUCCUACAAGACAGUCGUCCAGCUCCUGAAUAUCCUGUGGGAGUCCUCACUUCUGAAAACCGUGAUACAUGGGCUACAAUUCGACAACAACUCUUAAAUUCAGGCAAUGAAAAUACCCUCCAGCUGAUAGACAGUGCAGCUUUUGUGUUGACAUUAGAUGAUUGUGCUCCUACAGAUCCUAAUGAUAUCACUAAAAUCUUUUUACAUGGAGAUGGAAAAAACAGAUGGUUUGACAAGAGUUUUUCAUUGAUAUUUGAUAAGGAAGGUGUUGCUUGUGUGAACUUUGAACAUUCAUGGGGAGAUGGUGUGGCUGUAGUCCGAUAUAUAAACGAGAUAUACAAGGAUUCAACAGAGAAUCCUAAAGUACACCCUGACACUAAGCCAGCAACUGUUGAUUCUUCUCAAAUUGUACAGUGUUUAGAUUUCUCACUAGAUAAUAAUGUGAAAGAGGCUAUAAAAACAGCCAAGAUCAAUUUUGAUAAACAUGUGGGUGCUUUAGAUCAACAUCAUUUAGAGUAUUUUAAAAUAACAAAAAAGACAGCUAAAGAAUUCCGCAUGAGUCCUGAUGCUCUUAUGCAGUUAGCUAUACAGAUGGCCUACUACAAACAAUGUGGUAAAUUUGUAGCUACAUAUGAAUCUUGCAGUACAGCAGCAUUUAAACAUGGCCGAACAGAAACAAUGAGACCAGCAACAAUGUACACUAAACAAGCUGUUGAGAUGAUAUGUAAACAAAAUAUCACAGCAAGUCAAUUAGAAUUAGGAAAAGCAUUAAUGAAUUGUUCUGAUCUUCAUAACAAACUAACAAAGGAUGCAGCAAUGGGUAAUGGCUUUGAUCGACAUCUGUUUGCUUUAAGGAACCUAGCUGAAAAAAAUGGCACUAAAACAGAAAUGUUUUCAGAUAAAAAUUACGCAAAGAUCAACCAUAUUAUCCUGUCAACUUCUACUGUAGGUAGUCCUGCUAUCAAUAUAGGAGGCUUUGCUCCUGUUGUUAGAGAUGGCUAUGGAGUAGGUUAUUCAAUAGAAGACAAUAGAAUAGGAUACAAUGUCACCAGUUAUCCUCCUGACACAAAUGUACAAGACUUUAUAAAAUGUCUAAGUGAAAGUUUAGAUGACAUCUAUGAAAUAUUCCAUGGAAGAAUACCAAGACAAUCAUCAUAAUGAUAGUGAAGAUGAUAGGAUCAAUUUAUUUCUUUAAGGAAAAUCCUUAUUAAUCAGCAAGUGAAGGGACCAUAUUUUUUUUAUCUGUUUGUCAUUGAUACAGAGAGAAAAAUAUUUAUUUAAUAUAUGGAUUUGAUUUCUUUAUUUGCUCUUUUAAAUAGUGUAUGUUAAAUUCAAGAUCAAAGUGUGAAUACUUAUUUAUUAUUGUUCGAUCAUACAGAGUUAUAUUAGUAUGUGAUUUAACAAUUUUAAAUUUUGCAUUAUGUAUCAAUUCAAAUGUUUAAAAUAUAGUAUCACCUUGCAUUUUAAUGUGAAAGCUUAGAAAACUUGUAUGCAGUUGUUUAAACCUUUUACCUUUGCAGUUUACCUCAGGUCAGUGUGUUCUUAUAAUCAGAUUAGGAAGUUUUUUAAACAGGCUCAAAUAUUAUUGAAGACUUUACUUGACAAACUAUUCAUUUUGACAGUCAGAUGUCACAAAAAAUUUAAAACCUAAAAAAAAGAGCAGACAAAACAUGAGAAUAUACAUCAACCUCAUGGGAUUUCAAGGUCAAUUGAAUGAUAGAGUAGUGGAUAUGCUAGUGUAAAAUUGUUGUUUAACACUGCAAAGGAAAUCUAUGGUACCAUGGUUGUAAUAUUAGUUGAGUUUUGGUGUAAACAAUAUUUUUAUUAUGGUAAAUACAAGUAUAAAUUAUAAACACAUACACAAUAAGGAU